AUGAGUCCUACAGAGCAUGAAGAAUUGCCGCGACAAGUAGAAGAACUACUGGUGAAGGGGUAUAUUCGGGAGAGUUUAAGCCCUUGUGCGGUUUUCGGCCCUUCUGACACCAAAGAAGGAUGGUUCCUGGAGGAUGUGUAUGGACAACUGAGCCAUCAACAAUAUUAUGGUCAAGACAGAAGGCUUCUGUGGAUUGAGGAGGUAGAGAAGGCGUUCGAGAUGAUCAAAUUGCGCCUCACUUUGGAUCCAAUCCUAGUGUUACCAGAUUUCCACCAACCCUUUGAAUUACACUCGGAUGCCUCCAAGGUGGGGAUUAGAGCAGUCUUAAGGCAAAACAGCAAGCCCAUCACCUUUAUCAGUGAGAAGUUAUCAGGUGCCAAGACAAGGAAGUUUAUCUUGUACAUCGACCAUGAGGCGCUGAAGCAUCUACAUCAUCAAGAUAAGGUGUCAACAUGGCAUGCUUCAUGGGUGUCUUAUUUUGAGCGUUUUACUUUCGUGGUGAAGCACAAAUCUGGGGUGACAAAUAAGGUAGCCAAUGCAUUGAGUAGGAGGAAGGCCCUUUUGACCAGAAUGCUUGUUGAGGUAACCGGAUUUGACUCUUUCAGUGACUUCCUUGCAUUUUACCCCUAUAUUUUUGGUGUUCUGGUUAGAGUUAAAUGUGGGGAGGAGAACGAGUUCUUGCUCCAUGACGGGUUCUUGUUCAAAGGAAAUCAGUUGUCCAUACCUAAUUGUAGUUUGUGGUCCCUAAUCAUUAAAGAACUCCAUGGGGAGGGUCAUGUCGGGCGGGACAAAACCUUGCAAUUGGUUCAAGCCUCCUACUACUAG